UAAAAAAAAAAAAAAAAGGAUCUAUACUGAUGGAAUUAUCCGUCUGUAAAGGUUUAAAGUGAUUUUAAAUUGAUUUUAUCAGCAUCUGAAUGUGAUUAAACUGAAAUGGAAAUUGUGAUGGUUUUCAUGAGAAUUUCACUGUUUUCUGGAAUUGAACAUGUUUGGAAUGAAAGUGAGAAUUUCAUUGUUUUUCUGGAGUUAUUGCACCGAGCAUGAUUGGUUUGAAAUGAAACUGUUUUCAUUGGUAUUGAGUACAGCAUGCCUAUUUGGAAUUGACUGAACUGUUUUGAUGAACUGAGAGUUUGUAAAAUUUGAGUUUUCUGAUAAAUCCAUGCCCACAUGGAAUUUUUCUGGUUAUUUCUGAAAUUGGGAUUGAUUGUGAAAUUCGGGUUUUCUGUAAACUCUGCAUGGUUUUGUUUCGGAUAUAGUCAUGAUUACUGAUUACUGUGCCCGCUAGUGGGAGGUUUAUAAACGCUAACACAUGUCGACAUGUUUACUGAUAGAACCGGUUCACCCUACCAAUGGGGUUAAACAUUGGUAAUUACUGUCGCUUGCCAGUGGGAGUUGUAAACACUGGCACCAUUACUGACGCCUGCCAGUGGGAGUUGUUAAACACUGGCACUUUUGUAACCUUGCCUAUGGGGUUAAACAUUGGCAAUUACUGUGCCCGCCAGUGGGAGGUUUAUAAACGCUGGCCAUGACUUAUAGAUGAGACUACUGAACUGAAUUUUUCUGCAUGAAUGAUUUGUUGUGGAACGCUUUGCUUUUGAACUGAAUUUGAUUUUGCAUUGACGGUUUGUCAUUGAAUGUUUUGCAACUGAACUGAUUUUGAUUCUGCAUUAAGGGUUUAUCAUUGAACGUUUUGGUUAUAUGAAACUGUUUAUCUGGCAUGCUAAAGUUUUUACCGAGGGCUAUCUAUAUUUACUUACUGAGUUUAUCUCAUAGUUUUCCUUGUCCACCAUUUCAGGAAGUGAAACCGAGGUCGGGGAAACCGAAGGGAGUGACGAGUUAGAAGGCUAGCCAUUUCGAGAUUGAGCAUAGAUUUAGAAAUAAAUUAUGAUCUUGUAUUUGGAGAUUUAUGAUAUCAAAGAGAUUUUAUAAUUUGAUCUUCAGAUUUUGAUGGUAUUAGUUUGUGAUUUGAAUAAGUUCCGAGCCUUGUGCACUUGUGGGACCCGUCUCACGAGUGCACGGCGUCUAUCACGCCUCGAAUUUGGGUUUGGGGGCGUGACACGCCUUCGCAGCAAAAAGCACUUGGGGAUGGCGAAACACCCGUUAAGAAGGGCAAGCAAGGCGUCAAUGUGAUUAUGGC